GGAAAGUCCCCCUGAAAAGGGCGGCGGGGCGCGGCGCGGCGGGGCACGGCAGCCACUCGGAGCCGCUCUGUCCGUCCGUCCGUCCGUCUGUCCGAAGGGUGCGGGGUCCGGGCGGGGAGCCCCGCGGCGGCAGUGGGGCCGGAGCGGCUGCGCGGAGCUGUCAGCAUGGCCGGUGGCUCUGAGCCCUACAUUGAAAUAUUUGAACAACCCAGGCAAAGGGGCAUGCGUUUCAGAUACAAAUGUGAGGGAAGAUCAGCAGGCAGCAUUCCAGGAGAACACAGUACUGAAAACAAUAAGACGUUCCCUUCCAUACAGAUUCUGAAUUAUUUUGGAAAAGUCAAAAUAAGAACUACGUUGGUAACGAAGAAUGAACCCUACAAGCCACACCCUCAUGAUCUGGUCGGGAAAGACUGCAGAGAUGGCUACUAUGAAGCAGAGUUUGGGCCAGAACGGCGAGUCCUGUCUUUUCAGAAUUUGGGCAUUCAGUGUGUAAAGAAGAAAGACCUGAAGGAAUCAAUUUCUUUACGAAUAUCGAAGAAAAUUAACCCUUUCAAUGUGCCUGAAGAACAGCUGCACAACAUUGAUGAGUAUGAUCUCAACGUUGUCCGCCUCUGCUUCCAAGCUUUCCUCCCCGACGAACACGGCAACUACACAUUAGCUCUUCCUCCUUUGAUUUCCAACCCGAUCUAUGACAACAGAGCUCCCAACACGGCAGAAUUGAGAAUUUGUCGUGUGAACAAGAACUGUGGAAGUGUAAAAGGCGGGGAUGAAAUAUUUCUACUAUGUGACAAAGUUCAGAAAGAUGAUAUAGAAGUCAGAUUUGUCUUGGACAACUGGGAGGCCAAAGGCUCCUUCUCACAAGCUGACGUUCACCGUCAAGUUGCAAUUGUGUUCAGAACGCCACCGUUUCUCAAAGACAUCACCGAACCCGUCACGGUGAAGAUGCAGCUGCGAAGACCUUCAGACCAAGAAGUCAGUGAACCUAUGGAUUUCAGAUACCUACCAGAUGAAAAGGACCCAUAUGGCAACAAAGCAAAAAGGCAAAGAUCAACGUUGGCCUGGCAAAAGCUCAUACAGGACUGUGGAUCAAAUGCGACAGAGAGGCUGAAAGUAGCUCCGUUCCCUGCUGUCACUCCUGAAGGGAAGCUGAUUAAGAAAGAACCAAACAUGUUUUCCUCCACGCUGAUGCUGCCGGGGCUGGGAACCCUGGCCAACACGAGUCAGAUCUACUCUGUCUGCAACCAGCCGCCCCACCAGCCGCCGCCGGGGAAGCAAGACACGCUCUCCUCGUGCUGGCAGGGGCUGUACAGCACCCCCUCUUCGGCCGGCAGCCUGCUCAACCCGCACCCCCAGAACAGCUUUGCGGCAGCGGACGUGCCUCAGCCCGCUGCUCAGGGCAGCGGCGCUCUCCCACCUUUCCACGACAGCCCUCUAAACUGGCCUGAGGAGAAGGAUUCGGGUUUCUACCGGAAUUUCGUCAGCGCAAACGGGAUGGGAGCAGUGGUGGAGUCAACUGCUGACAUGCAGGGCGUUUCUAGCAACAGCAUCGCGCACCAGGCGCAUCCCGCCAGCGUCUCCACCGCCAGCAUCGUGAGCAUGGAGACCGACGACAUGAACUGCACUAGUAUAAACUUUGACAAGUACAACCCCGUGUUAAAUGCCAGCAGCCACAGGCAGCAGCUCCACCAGGUGCCUCCAGCGUGCCCGCCCGUGGCAGCCCCGGGCAGCGCGCCUUUUAGUGCGCAGCCCAACUUAGCUGAUCCAGCCGUUUACAGUUUUAUAGACCAAGAAGUUUUAAGCGAAUCGAGAUUAUCCACCAACCCGCUGCCAAACCAUCAGAAUAGCAUUGCUGAUAACCAGUACUAUGACACCGACGGAGUCCCCGCUGAUGAGCUCUAUCACUCUUUACAGCUGGAGAGCAUUUUACAAAGCUACAACCACUGAGCCAGCCGUGUGGGGCUGGAAGCGGGGACGUAGUGCUUUUCAGAUGGCUGGCUGUGUGAAGAGGAGUGACUUACCCUUCUGGAGCCCCUGCUUUCUCUUUCAGAAUUUUACGAUGCAAGUCGCACGAUUUAACUUAAGGUUAUAUAUUAGAGCCCAAACACUGCUGCCCAUAAAGAGAGGUGGGAGUAGGGGUUGGGGUUCUGUACCUUAAAAGUACCUUGAAUACAUAUUUUUCUGCUGUCGGAAAAGGGAACUGUUAACACUUAACUCUUCCUUACCUUUGGGGACUCUAACAAGCCGGCACCUUCAGAAGGGUUAAAAGUUCCAAUUCUUCACAGGGUUCAAAUUGUUUGAAAAAGAAGCAUUUGGGCUAUGAAAAUUAAAUUUAAAUAGCACAGAAAUUAGGAAGAAAACCUGCACGUGGGCACUCUAGUUCAGACUCACCUACCAAGGUUAAAGUUUUACUCCACUUACUUGAAAGGGUUAGCGUUUUUUACCUUCUUUCGUAUAAAAUAUUGCUUUCCUAAAACAGGAUUAUGCAUUGAUUUUUUUCACAUUUUCACCACACUCCAUUUGCUUUGAAGGCAAAUUUACUCUAAAAUUUUUUUAAUGACUAUGUCAUUGUUAGAUAUAUUUUAAAAGACCGGAAGGUUUGAGUUUUUAAAUAGUCCAGCUCUGUUGUAAAUGAAUCACUGUGCAAAAGAAUGAACAGAAAGUAAGGACUUCUCUGCACUUCAUCCAAAGUGCACUAUUUUAAGUGACAAACCGCUGUUGCUUUGGGAACGGAGCACACUGUUAUCUCUCUGGAAGUUUUUUUUCAUGUAUGUGUGUGUGUGUGUGUGUGUGUGUGUGUGUAGCUCUGAUGUGUGUUACUUGGAACCGCAGAAAUCUGUUGAGCCAAAGCACCUGCCCCAUCUUUCCGGCAGUUUCCUGCUAUGCAAGUGACUGCUUAAAAGAAAGCUCCGAUCCUGCCUCCCCACCACCCCCACAAGAAAGCUCUGGGGCAAAGCCAGAGGCCGUUUUCGUGCAGCCUCAUCUAGAUGCGCUCUCUUAACAAUUUCAGGCCAUUUCAGUCAGGACUAAUAAAACCCACUCCUCUCUACUCCCUAUCAGAAACCAGAACUUCCCCCCUUCCACCUGACCCCCCAGUCUUCAUUCUUAGCCUGAGUUGCGAGAUGUUCAGGGACAACUCGCAUGGAUGUAACUGGCUAGGUGAGACACUCUGCAGUAUAGGGCUUUGCUACUUGAUUAUUAUUAUUAUUUUUUAAGAAGCAACAACUAUAUGGAUAUUUCUUAAGUUAUACAGCUGUUCUGUAUGGCAGAUAAGGCUUAAGAAUGUAACUGUUACUGUCUGGCAACAUAAAACUGCACCAUGGAAA